GCACCGGAGAGAGGUACAUAGCGGGCCCUACGGCACGGCAGCUCAGUGCGGCGCUAGACACCUCCCGCGAUGGUCAAUUACAAGCGAGUGGUCUGCGAGCUGGCGGUGCUGGCGGUGGUGGCAACGCUCGCCGCCGCCGCGCCCGCGCCCGACUGCGCCGGCGCACACCACUACGACCAGCGACAGAACGGCACAGAGAACUACCGCCUCAACAUCGACGGCGUCGUCAUCGCCGUCGCCCCCGCGGACUCGCUCCUCGCCGCCGCCUCCGAAAUCGACAUCGCCGACCUCCUCGGCGACCUCGACGACUUCAACGAGAUUCAGAAGCCGCCUAAACCGUCCAAACCGGAACUGCCCAAGCCGGAGGAAACCAAACCCCAGGACCCCAAGCCCGAGGACCCGAAGCCGCCAGCGGACAAGCCCGCCGAAAGCCUGGCAGACGUCUCCCUCGAGUCUGACACCAAGCCGCUGAAAAAAGCCGCGCCGAACAGGAAACAAGAGAAAGCUCAGAUACUGAAGAAAAGGCUGGCUCAUUUGUUGCUGCCCUUACUGAGGAGAAAUCGCCAUCAUUAAAUAUAGCAUCCCGCAUAUCUCAUGAAUGAAAUAAAUUAGUUUUAGUGAAAUCAAUUAAAAGAUACUAAAUAUUACUUGUAUCGAAGAAUACGGACAUAUUCCCAUAGGAAUAGCAAGCCAUCGUUAAUAAAUAUCAGUUUGUCUGAAAACGAGUGAUACCUAUGAAUGCAUUUAUUAUUAUGUAAGUUUAGUUUUAAGACUGUAAUGUGAUUGUUUCGUUGAAAAUAAAUGAUGAAAUUCUUAUUGAAAAAUCCCUAA